UGACCUAAAGGAAAGAGCGUGGCGCCAUAUUGAUGUGAUGUCUGCGAGAUAUUUCUUCGUCACAGGAGAUAAAAACCCUUAGGAACGGCCAGACCACACCGCGUCACACGGCCAAGGCAACUAUCAAUCAUGGUCCAAAUUGAGGACCUUUACGACAGCACCAGACUACCCAGAUGGCCACAGCAGCUUCUGCUGUUGCCCUAUUUUCCCAUCGGACUGGUGUUGGCUCUCUUACGUGUCUUCAUUGGACUCCAUGUCUUCCUCAUCUCCUGCCUUCUGCCCAGGAAUUCUGUUCUCACAAGGGUAGUCCUUAAGACCAUGUGUGCAGUGUUGGGUAUAUUUGUUUCCUCUGAUGGAGCAGACCAGGAGGACAACAGACCAAGGCUGCUUGUAGCCAAUCAUGUGACAGAACUGGACUACACAGCUGUGAACCUUGUACUUCCAUGUGCCAUGUCCUGCAGUGAGAAUCUGCCCAGAUGGCUGUCCUGGAUGCUGGGACAGAAACAUAGGGGUGAGACUAGGACACAGCUAUCCCAGGAUGCACAGCAGCACCUCAGCCAGGAAACACUACCCCUCAUGUUCCAACCUGAGGAAGCUUGCACCAAUAGUCAGAAAGGCCUGCUUAAGUUUAGUUCCUUGCCAUUUUCACUGGACCAUUCAGCUGUCCAACCCAUUGCCAUUUCUGUCAGCCAGCCUCUCUUCAGUAUUGGUGUGUGCCUACUUGGGUCAUCGUGGUGGGCUGAUCUGUUUUGGUUUCUCUUUGUACCUGCUACAGUAUUCAACAUCAGGUUCUUGCCAUCCGUACAUCGGGAGGAAGACACAGCAGAAGAUUUCGCUAGAAAAACACAGCAGGUGCUAGCAGCACAUCUUGGAGUGGAAGCCACAAACAUCACCAAAGCUGAUGUGAUGGAAUACCUCAAGAGGAUGUCACAUCUGCCACAACCAGAGGCUCUUAGCACACAAGCCACCAGAAGCCCAGGGGCCCGUCCCAAACAACCAACCCUGACUAACACAGGAGACAGAACACCUACAACAGGCAAUGUCAUAUCCACCAGGAACUCAGGUGAGAGGAAGCUGCAGGUGAUGGUGAGCCAGGUGAGGGAAGUGCUGCCCCAGGUGCCAGAAGAAAUUGUGAGAAGGGACCUGACGGAGACUGGUGAUGUGGAUGCUACCAUUACAAACAUCCUUGAGGGGAGGGUCAGGUAUACCCCUGAGACACCCCCUCCAACACCAGAACAGGCCUCCAAACUCUCCUCUACCCCUCAGCAAGAUGUUGGUGCAGCCCAAAUGGCCAGUCCUUUGGAGGUACCAAAGUUUGCAGGCGAGUUUAACAGAUCACCUGACCAGAGGCACAUGUCACUACAGGAGAGAAAGCAGGCCAUGUAUGAUAUUGCCAGAAGGAGGUAUAUGGAGAAACAUGGACUCCAAUGACAGCGUACCAGACUGUUGUGGAAAUCAACAUCAGUUUUUGGACAGACAAAAAAGAAUGCUGGGUUGUGGAGAAAAAUAUUAGAAUUAAAAAUAAUUGGAACAUGAACAUGACAAUUGAAAACAAAAAAAGAUGGAUUUGAAGAAAAGGUUGCACCAUUGACUUCAAUAAAAAUUUGUGCACCAAUGUUAUCACUCUUAAUUCUUCUUUCUCCGUUCCUGUAACAUAGUGCUUUUGGUCUUCCACUGUGUUUCGUAGUUCUGACACACAACUGUAGGCAUGUAAUGCUUACAAACUUGUUAUGUAAUGUCACAGUUCAGGUUAUUGAUGAUAGA